CGAGAAAAUGAGGAACUAAGUGAAUUUCAGUUUCAGCAAUCAAUCAUGUUGUUUUAAUCAAUAGAAAUGGAGUAAAAAUGUCCAUUAUUGUGUUCAACAGUUCUCCCAGUGUAGUCUACCAUUGGCUAGAUAAAUCAACAAGAAGAAAUCUCAGGAAGAAAUAUGAAUACCGUGUGGGAGAGCGUGGAAGUGAAGUUGACCAGCAGCUGACAGCUAUAUUCUCACCGGUUAUACUCACCUCACAGAUCCUGCAGGAGGACAGGGAUAAUAUAGAAUUCACAAUUAUUGUUUUAAUUACAAGAGGUGUAUGCUCAAAGGAAUCUGUGAAGGGCAUUGGAACCUGUUUAUUAAAACAGAUUCAGCUGCUGUGCGGACCUGAUCUAAACAGACUCAAUCAAACAAAAUAUAAAAUUAAGAUGAACUGUAUAUCUGCGAGCGUGUUAUCCUGUCUAAAACAUAUGAAUAACGACGACAUUCGUUUACAACUUGAUUCUCAGACCUUUUCCUCCAUCGAAGAUUAUUGGUGGGGCUUAUAUACAAAAACACUUAUUUUAGACAAGAAAUCUGAAGAAUGGUGGAAGGGAAAAGUUUCUCUAAUUCUGAAGAAUCUUGAGUCAAACAGUAUUUUAGGCGAGUUUUCAAAUAUUCAUCUUGCCGUAAUGAAUAAAAACUUUACUCUGGGAGCGUUGGAAUCUUUGCACUCUGUUAGAUGUCGUCUUCCUGUGGAAGAUCUUCAGGUAUUCUUGAGAGCUAAGCUGAACCAGAUCUCUGUGGUUGAAGGAGGACUGACAGGGGACUGGGACCAGGAUCUAGAACUAGUUUUUCUACGGGGACACAUACCCUGUACAGUCUGGUGUACUGAGGUUGAAAGUGCUUACCUAGUAUUGAUUCUAGAAUGGAGAGUAGAUAUCAUCAAAUUGAAAAUACUUUAUCUUUGUUCAGUGUUGUUACACCAGAAAGAGGAUAAAUGGACAGAACUUCGAAACCUGAUCAUCUCUCAUAAACCCCAGUGUAGCAACCUACCCGGAGCAGAACUAGUCUUGGCUAAUAAGUCCCUGGAAAAUAUUCGUUCUUUGUACAAAUAUGUUCGAGCAGAGUUAGGCAAUAUAUCUAGAUUUACCGGAUUUGUCCAGAUCUCAAAAAACAAAUUCUUUUUCUCCGUCCUGGAUAAGUUUCUCCGGGUCAAGGUUCGACAUCCGCCAAACUUGGAAUCGGAGUCGUGCAAAGUUAAAUUAAGAAGUGUCAUUGCAAACCUUAUUCAGGUUCGGAUUUAUAAUCACUCUUUGCGGAAGUUAGUUGUACUAGACUUAGAGGAUAACCUAGAGGUGGCUAACCUCAGUAUACCUAGGCUAACUCCGACUAACAAUUUAAUUUUGUGUGAAACUGAUCAGAGUGAAUUUUCUGAGUUUAAAGUGUUUAGAAUGAAUUUCAGGACGGAUUUGAGAACCCCUCUAGCUCCGGGUACUCCUGUAGGUACAGGAGACAAGGACGGAUCAGGAUUAAUCUCUCUUAUUGCAGUAUUCCCGAGCUAUACUCAGCUAGACGCCGGUCAGCUCAGCCUGGCUUGUGUUAAAUUCUACGUGGAGAAUAUAUCAAACUCAAGGAUAACUGACCCUUUAUCAUUUCCUGCUACCGAUUGUCUUGUCUACGCUGUCCGCCAAACCUUUAAUUGA